AUGGUAUCAGGUAAAAGAUAUUCUGAAACGGCCCACAAAGUUGCUCAAGGUAGAGCCAGAAAGAAAAGACAAGAAUGGGAAAAGAGAAAUGAAGAAAGAGAAAGAUUAGAAGCUGAAGAAGCUAAAAAAUGGGAGCAAGGUGCUCGUAAACCAAAUCAAAAAAAACUUCUUGAGGAACAAAGAAAAUUGGCUAAAAAGGCAGCCAAGCAAGAACGCAGAGAAUUAUUACGUGCUGAGGAAGAAGAAUUAAGUAUGGGUGGUAAGGGCUAUUAA